GCCCUCCCGCAAACCACCCUCGAAACCAAGCAUCCAGAAUUAGGAUCUGGCUUCAAUCUAGCAAUGGCGGAAAAGAUCUCCAAGUUAGCCAUAAAAGUUGAUCUAGGCUGCCGUUUUUGCUACAAAAAGAUUCAAAAGACUCUGUGCAAGCUGCAAGAACAAGAGAACAUAAAAACCAUCUCCUAUGGCGAGAAGAACAAUACUGUCACAAUCUCCGGCCCAUUCGAUCCCGAGAAGCUCUCCAAGAAGCUCCGCUGCAAGGCCUGCAAGGUGAUCAAAGACAUAGUAAUUGUACGAGACCCGCCGCCGCCACCCCCACCAGAAACUAAGAAGAUAGAACUUACCAACGAGCUGCACAACGACAUUCAAAUCAUAUUAUACGACCUUCACAAGGAUCCCAAAUGCACGAUGACUAAGAAGGUGAUCGGGGAACCUACUCCCGAGAAGAAAAAGGAUGCUAAGGAAAAAAAAACUGCCGAAAUAGAAACUAAAAACGAGGUGACCAACGACAUUGAGAUCAUAGUAUGGGAGCAUCCAAAAUGCCUGGAUCCCUGCAUGGAGCUACCAAAAAAUGUACCAUGUCCACCACCAUGUCAACCACCAAUUUGCCAGGUUUGUUGCUGGACGCCCUGCUCUUGUCGACCAAUGCCCAAUGGUGGAACCUCUCAUGGAGGAUUCCGGUUGAUUUGUGAGGAGGAUCCAUCAACCUCCUGUACCAUCCUGUGAUCAUGUGUAUCCGUGUUUUCCUUUGCCAAAAAAUAAUAACAGAAAUAAGGGUGAAGGAUGUUGGAUUCAUGGGAGAAUAAUGUGGAAAUAAAAUGUUAUUUUGGUGUGUUUUUUGUUUUGAAUAUUGUG